CCCCCUGGCGGCCCGGCGGAGUGCGGCGGCUCGGGGACAAGAUGGCGGCGGCCGCGGGUUCGGGUGCGGGCUCCGGUGCGGGGCGGGCAGCGGCGCGGGCUCGGCCGGGCCCCGCCCGUUUCAGGGGCUGUCUGGCCGGAGCGUUGUUGGGUGACUGUCUGGGCGCCGUGUUCGAAGGCAGGAGCGUCGUGAAGCUGCCCGAUCUGCUGAGCUUCCUCCGGGGCCUGGAACCGGCGGCCGGGCCGGCUGAGGAGGGAGAAGCGGCCGGCAGCGCCCGCAGAGAUGAGCGUGGCCAGUGAUGAGCUCGAAGUGCCGGGGAACUUCUGGUCGUGUUGUAGCUCCAGACAUACAGAAACGCUGUCGUACACGGACGACACGGCCAUGAGCAGGUCGGUGGUGCAGUCCCUGCUGGCCAAGCGGGAGUUCGAUGAAGUUGAUAUGGCCAAGAGGUUUGCUGAGGAAUACAAGAAGGAGCCCAACAGGGGCUACGGGAUGGCUGUCGUCAACGUCUUCAAGAAGCUCCUGAGCCCCAAGUGCAACGAUGUGUUUGAACCAGCAAGGGCCCAGUUUAACGGGAAAGGCUCCUACGGUAACGGCGGUGCCAUGAGGGUGGCAGGCGUCUCACUGGCCUAUUCUGACGUGCAGGAUGUUAAGAAGUUUGCAAAGCUGAGCGCUGAGUUAACCCACGCCAACUCCCUGGGCUACAACGGGGCCGUCCUGCAGGCGCUGGCCGUGCACCUGGCCCUGCAGGGAGGGCUCAGCAAGGAAACCUUCCUGGAGCAGCUCAUCGGCCACAUGGAAGAUGUAGAGGCAGAUGAUAAGUCUCUUACUGAUGCCCGAGCGCUGGGAUUUGAGGAUUUACCAUUUUCAAGGCGUCUGAAGAAAAUAAAGGAAUUUCUGGAGCUCAGCAGUGUUCCCAAAGCAGAUGUAUUGUUUGAACUGGGCAAUGGCAUUGCUGCUCUGCGCUCUGUCCCUACUGCCAUCUACUCCUUCCUGCGCUGUAUGGACGCUGACCCAGACAUUCCUGAGCACUACAACAACCUGCAGAGGACCAUCAUCUACUGCAUCUCUCUGGGUGGAGACACAGACACCAUCGCUACCAUGGCGGGAGCCAUCGCAGGGGCUUAUUAUGGGGAGGAACAGGUACCCGAAAGUUGGGAGCAGAGCUGCGAAGCAUUUCAAGAGACGCAGAAGCUGGCGAAUAGCUUGUAUGAACUCUACUGCCAGCGGCUCUGAGCUCCGAGGGAGCGUUUGCUGAAGGCGAGGCGGGCGGUCACCUCUGACGGGAAAUGCUGGUGGAUCCGCGCCCUCGGCGCUGCGGGUUGAGGCUGGGAGCACGAGGCGGUUUGGAGGACAGGGAACAUCCCUUUGGUUCGGGUUCAGCAAGAAGUGACUCCAUGUGAGACUGUGGACAGUGGGUGCGUCUCCUCUGAAGUGUGCAGGAGUGUCAAGUUUUUCAUAAGAUGCUGCUUCUUGCUUUGUCCACUGUUGUGCCAUUUGGUCGUUGCAGUUGCUCGGUGCAUGUCUGAAUCCACUGACUUUUUUGCUGUUUUCCUCCACUCCCGUGUGCCCUGGCCUUUGUUUUGGUUGUCAGCGACCUGUCCUGCGGUGGUUUGAGAGGCUCCGCACCCAUGUGAGGACACCAGGUCACCCUCUGCUGACGGGAGCCACUGGAGAGGCCCCUGGCACCAUCCUGAUCUGCUGCAUUUUGUGUUCCCUUAUGUACCUGUGUUCACAGUGCUGCAGCUACUCCUUUGGUCCUAAUCUGAGCAUCCUGCGAGUUUAAUCCUGUCCUGUGUACAUCCAGAGCACCGAGUGAGAUUGUUGUUUGAAUCUGUGGGUGGAUGUAGUGGUGAAACUGGGUGUUACACAAGGAUUGAAUUCUCAGUUCUGCGGCACUCAGUGACAAAAAUCACUGCAGCGGGAUCAGGAGUUCCUUCUCAUGGUUUUAAAACUCUGUACUUGGUAAGAAUGAUCUGAAAAUAAAGGGAAAGGUGGGUUAAUUGGGGAAGAAUUUAUCAGGGUUUAAAAGAAUUGGUGCAUUUGAAGCUGGUACUGGUGGACAGGAAUAUUCCAGCAAAGUCGUGUUGUUCCAGAAGCUCAAGUUCAAAACCUUUGCCCAAUGGAGCUGGUCAAAAAGGGAGCAGCGGCUUGGGUAUGGCGCGUCUGAAAAGGGUUAAAAGCUUUGUAAUAAUUGAAAACAGAAAGAGGCAAGCUGUCAUCAUGUGGAAUUGUUUAUACAUUUGAAUGUGACAAUGUAGUUGUCUAUAAUCUCUCAGAUUUCCUGGGACACUGGGACGUGACCGUUCUGCUCAGAGCUCACUCCCUGUUGGAAAGUCUGCCUGCGAUGGCUUGGUCCAGGUUUUCCUGGAGUGCCAGGCUUCUGUGUGAUGCUUUAAUGGGUUUUCCUUGUACAAAUGGAUUCUUGUCCUGAGAACAUGUGGAAUUUUGGUCUAUCUUAUAUUUAUCUAUUGUACUGCGGAUCCAAGAUGUAAAAUGUCAGGUUUUUCACAUUAUUCUGCCAAAGGUGUGAACAAAUUGACUGAAUUAUUUAAAAGAUAUUUUCCUUUUAAAGCAGCUUCAUAAUUUUAAAAAGUUUGGAAAUCAUGAAGAGCAGAAGAGCUCCUAUUUAAAAAAAAAAUAGCUCAUUUUCGGCCAGAAUUUAAAUGUGUACUGAAACGUUUAGCUCUGAUGUCCUUGGAAAGAAAUAAAAUCACUUAGUUAUCUUUGCUAA